GUCCAACCGCAUAUACGUCCCAGAAUCCUCCGCGCUGCUCGGCGAGAAGGUGACAGGGGACGGCGAAAAUGGCCUCUGCCUUUCUAACUCACCAGCAGAAAGUGCUGCGGCUGUACAAGAAAUCACUGAGACACCUCGAGUCGUGGUGCAUCUUUAGAGACAAAUACCGGUUCUACGCCUGCAUGCUGCGGGCUCGCUUCGAUGAGAACAAGGAUGAGAAGGACAUGAUGAAGGCCACCAUGAUGCUGAAGGCGGGAGAGGAGGAGUUCUGGGCCAACCAACAUCCUCAGCCCUACACCUUCCCCGACUCUCCUGGAGGGACCUCAUACGAGAGAUACGAGUGCUACAGGGUUCCAGAGUGGGUGCUGGAUCACUGGCACCCUUCUGAGAAGGCCAUGUACCCUGACUACUUCUCCAAGAGAGAGCAGUGGAAGAAACUGAGGUUGCAGAGCUGGGACAAAGAGGUGGCCCAGCUGGAGGCUGAGACUGGACCAGACGGCCCCAAGACCGAAGCCCUCCCUCCUGCACGCAAGGAGGGCGACCUCCCCCCUCUGUGGUGGCAGUACGUCACCCGCCCCAGGGAGCGCCCCACAUAGACACCCUGCUGGGAAACUAUCCAACCACACAACAAGAGCACGGAGCCCCGCUGACCUCUUACUGAUCCAUCUGUCUGUAAAGAAUGUUGUAUUAGAGUCGAUUGUGAGGAGGUUCACCUGCGCAGGUAACAUGACUGAGAACGCAACCUGCCCGAGUUCACACUGAUUCAUCUGUAGUCAGUUUGAGGAGUUGUGUAGAUGAAUCACUAUGACCUGUAAUUGUUCCAAUAAAUAAUGUAUGAUGACA